ACAAAAAAUAUUUAGUAAGAGUGAAGGAAUGCAACAAGAGGAGAAGACUCAAAUUCCAGUUAGAGAUUGUUUGAAGAAAAAAGACAUUGGUAAAAGAUUGAAGAAAGUGAAAAGAAGCUCUCAAGUGAGGUUCAAUGAGAGUAUGAACUCAAUGAUUUUAGUUGUGAGUUUAGAGAAUUUGAGUUAAUGUGGAGAUUGUUGAACUUUGACUCAAAUUUAUUUUAGAGCAUUGUUAUUGGACACCAAUGGUGCCUAACACCUUCUAGACGUGUCGUCUUGCGAUUUACUAACGAUACUCUCUAAAAAUUAUUACAUUAAACUAUAUGAGACCCAAUACUUAAUUGCAUCAAUAGUUAUAUUAACAUGUAGGAGGGUGCUAAGCACCACUGGUACCUUUUAGCAUUUCUCUUAAUUUUAUUUUAUUAAUUAACAUGUUUAAAAUUUUUUGUUAACUAAGUUUUGAAGAGUUUUCUUGAGAAAGCUUUGGAGUAUUUUGGUGUCCAAAUUUAUUUUUCUAUAUAUAUGUUUGUUUUGUAUGUGAGAAGUAGAGUGUGUGUGUGAGAGAGAAGAAGAGUGAAUUGUGAAAAGAGAGGUGUGAGAGAGCGAGAAAAAAAGCAAAGAGUGUAUUGAGAUUUGGAUGGAGAAAUUGAAAUGAUGAGUGUAUGUAAUUUAAAGUUAUAAGUGUAAUAUAUCUGUGGAUUUGGUAGUUUUACCCGACCGAAUAAAUUUCUUUAGAUAGUUGUUUCUUUAAAAGAAGCUUUAGAUAGAUAGUUAACAAUAGCUUGAAUAAGGUAAGACUUUGAGAGUUGAUUUAUGAAUCAGUUGAAUAGAAAUUUCAAAAUAGAUAGGUGUCACAAAUGAUGAAUUGAUUUCUUACAUGUUAUUUCUUGUUUAAGUCCUAAUGUGUUUGCUAAACAAAAAUUGUGAUGUGUAAUCAUAUACAGAAGAAAUGGUUAAAAAAGUUUGGUUGCACACUCUUAAAAAUGAUAAAAAGAAAAGAAAUUGUUUGACCUGCCAAGUCAUUUUCACCCAAAAAACCAGGACACAAGUAGCCCAACUUGUUGGGUCAUGCAAACUGAGAGAGAUUCUCAUGAAAAAAGUGCAAAAACACAAAGAGAAACACUAUGUAUUUGUUGGUGUGUCAUGCAUAGAGAGAGAGAGAGAGAUAAAGGUACAUGCUCUCAGUUUGUUAGGUCACACUCUAUACAGGUGAGAGAGAUCAUUGGCUGACUGAAAGCCUCCAAAUUGCAAAAUCACAUAAUCUAAUAGAAAUGCCAUGACAAACCUGCCUGUAUCAUUAAGCUUAACCACACCUCAAUGAAGGAAAUAAAUUUGAAAGCAGUCUAUUGAUUUUCAUGCAAUUUACUCAUCUCCCAUAGUUUCUCUCUGAAAGUCUACUAAGUAGGAAUGGAUGAAAAAGAAGAUGUAACGGUGAAGAAGAUCGAUCAAGAUGUCACAAUUUUUCGCCUGACACCUAUAAGAAUAGCAGUAUCCCUCCUCUCUGUUUUCCUGCUCUUCUGCAUCAUUCGUUUAGGUUUCCAAGUUGCAACAGGGGUGGAACCAGAAAGUAGUCGAAAGAACUGGGGUUUUCGUAUUGGUGUAGUGACUUUAAUCGUUGGUGUCCUGUUUGUCGCUCUUGGCCUUCCCAUACUGAUAAAUCUGUUUCUCAAAAUGUCUGAACAGUUGCAGAGGCAUGAAGUAUCAGGCAUCUAUACAGCAGAUGGAGAAGAGAUGAAGCCACUACGUACAAUCAUUAUUCGAAUCUUGGUGACCUUGAUGACAAUGUUCAUGCUCGCAUGGGCCUCUUACACUGGUUAUAGGCUUACAACAGAGCCAAGGAGAGAUGACAAGUACUAUCCCCUAAUAUUUCCAAUUGGCAUAGUUACUAUUGUGUUUGGUGCAGUCUACAUUAUCAUUGGUCUAGCCAUAAUUGCAGAUUUAUCACUAUCUCUAACAGUGAAGUUAAUGCUGAGACGCAGGAAAGGAUCCAUAGUUCAUGAAGACAACACAACAGAGACAAAAAUUUCCGUUUGAAAACUAUUAUGACCCGUUACAUAGGUGUCCGUAGUUAUGUUUUUCCUGAUUAGUAUGAGAUCUUAACUCUAUCUAAGGCUGUUCUGAGCAAAAAAGAAAAUAAUAAACCAUUUGUACCACUUAUUCUAAGAUUUCUUCAUCCCUUUGUCAGACAUCUAAGACUCAUACUUCUAUUAACGAAUUGUUCUCCUUUGAGGAACAAGUACUUAUAAGCAUAAUAUGAAUCAGAAAAUCACUAACAUCCUGCAGAAUUGGUAUAAAAUUAAUCAAAAGCCGGACAAAGACAGUUAUGAACUAGGGUCACUAACUAAAGGGGCUAAACACUACCAUAAUUAGUUAAAUUAUGCACACAAUAAAUGAUAAGAGUUUGCAAACCUAUAAGGAUUUGUUCUUCUACACUUUAAGCCUGAAAUUGUACUUAGUACUUAUGAAACAAUAUCAUGGUAAUAUACAGGGCUCUAAUGAGCAAAAGCAAUGAAAGCUCUCCUAUUCUUCAUCUACUCAGCUCAUCAACAUUCCCCCUAUUAUUACACUAAGUUGUACAAAUUUCUUAUAUGUAUCUAACAUAUAAUUAGAAGAAGAAGAAGAUCAUAACACUAUGUACUCAUUCAAAUUAGAAUGCAGCAAUGAUAACAUUAUUUACUUCUUCAUUUUCUCUUUCAAUACUCAAAAAUGAAGCUCACAAUGUCAAUUCAAAAUUGUGAAUGCCAACAUGGGAUUUUCACCAAUAAAUACUUUCUUAAAUCUGAAUUUCUUAUAAGUAUUGAGCUUAUUCAUUAGCUUCUAAGAGCCCCAAAUAACAUAAAACAGAAUUCAAAGACUCCCAAUAAAAAGAAAAGAAAGUAGAUGAAGUUCAAGUACUCAAAAUGUCAAAAAGAAACAAUUUUUCUGAGAUUAUUUGAUUGUUUAUCCUACAUUUCGAUUGUAAGCAAACACACAGAGCAUCAUCAUAACAUAUCCAAAUGCUGAACCAAAACCCUAGUUGAUACACAAACAAAAUCACAGGGCUUUUACUCAUAAUAAUUCAACUUCAAAAAUGUACACAUUUUCAACCCACAAAAACCCUAGAAACUUCAAGCAAAUAAAGUUGAGCUAUAACCUAACAAAGAGAAAGAGAAAGAAAGAGGCAAAGAGAUUUCUAGAUAAGCUUGAAAGGGAGAGGCCAAGGAGUGGACCUGGGGACCUCAACCUUGUCUUUGAUGCGCUCGAUCUUCUUCUCCUUCUUUGGUCUGGAGUUUCCGUACGAUCCCUUGAACCUCUUUCCCUUCUUCGUCUUCUUGUCCCCUCGUCCGCACAAGAUCGGAACCCGUAUCUCGCCGGCCGGCCCACCUGAGGUUGCCGAGAAAGACAUUGAUGAUGAUGAUGAUGAUGACGCCAUGAACGGAGGUCGUCGAAGCUCCGUCAUCACUAUUCGUCUGGCUAUGGCGCCGCACCACUGUACCAUCGCCAUAGUUUUUUUCUUCUCUUUAGUUU